AUGGAGAUUCAGCUGGGCGAAAAGGUGGCAUUGCUUACGACGCAUAAGACCUACCGUGAUGAUCUUGAAGACGGUGUGAGGGCUGUGGCACGUUAUUUGCCUUUUUGUAAGUAUGUGGCUACCUGCGCAGAGCACGGUCCCGUGCCUUCUACCUUCAUUAUCCGUAGUAUUAGACGAGUUGCUCAGCGCAUUGUGGGGUUGAUUAUGGAUGUGGAAUGUGUUACACGCAGUGGAAAAAUUGUUCAAACGGUAGAUAUUUGUGACUCCAAUCCUGUUAUUAUUUUUCCUGUUGCCACCGUGAAUGGUAUUCGGUACGCUAUACUUGUCAGAAAACGUCAGGUUUCCGUCGGUUGCAAUUUUAUUGUGGAGGCUUUAUGUGGCGUUGAAAACAAUGACGGGAGCUUCACGAUACCGAAUGAUGAAUUGCUUAUACCGUUAGGUGUUGACCUUCAAAAAACGCAUGCACUCAGCUCAAAACGGUACACAAUAGGGAAUGAAGGGACUACGCCAUACAAGGUGUAUUCUGUCACUCUGGAAAUGACGCCUGAGACUCUUCAGAAACUUCAGAAUACAUCAAAGGAUUUAGAGAAUGCAUUGAUUGCGCUGCCAUUGGAUGAGGUGUUAUCCACGGUAGGUGAUGUUAAGGCGAGCUUGGCGGCGUCAUUGCUGUUGGUUUCAUGA